AUGCAGAGCACGGUGCAAAACUUCCGGGAAGGGCUGUGGAAUCUACCGAGUACGGUCAAUAGCUUGCUGCUUGCCGGAACAUUCGCGGAUAAUGGUGGGAGAAGCUUGUCGGGAGAAUUAACCCGAGGACAAACCGGUUCCACCGAGCGGGAUGAUAACAACAACGAUGGGAGCGAAGAUGUUGAUGCAGAGGACAGUGAACAGGAGGAGGAUGUACCGGAAACGGGUACCCAUGGCAGUGACCGAACGUUGGAACCCAUGAACAGUUCUGUCUGUUCGUUACGUACAUCCUGUGACGAACAGAGCGGUGCCCAGAAGCAGGACGUUCAAGGAACAGCCCCACCCAGUCCGGAUUCUGCUGUGCUGCGCGUAAAAUGGCAGCUGGUUCCGCUAGACCAGAACGCAACAUUGGUGGAAUUGGCGCAAGCCAUCGACACGUGCCGGUCCCUGGUACGCUCGAACGCUUACGGACCGGACACGGAACAAAGCAAAUGGUUGGUAAGGCAUUUGGUGGAGUUGCGGUACCGAUACCGGGAGCUGCUCGACUACUCUCGCGAUCCGGAAGCGGUGCUGGAAGAGACGGAAGUUAUACUCGGGCACCAUUUCGUACGCCGGAAACAGUUUCCCUUCCAGCAGCUGCAACACAACCGGAACCUGUACUGCGAUCACUGUUCGGGUGUCAUCUGGAACGUGGUGCAGGCGUCGUACGUUUGCAAUGAUUGUUCCUUUGCCGUGCAUCACAAAUGCUUGCGCAGUGUAAUCCGUAUCUGUGCACACGUCGUAACGACGGAACACAAGCAACCGAUCGAAUGUAUCUGCCCGGAGAUUGGAUUGGCUUUUCAGAAGUAUACCUGCGCUGAAUGUGGAACGCAGUUGAGCUACAAUACAACCACCGCCAUCAACUGUUUCGGACUGGAGUUUAAGGCAGGUAGGUGUGCUGUUUUUCACCAUUCCUUCACGACACCAAAAACCAACUGGGGUUUCGGUUUAUUUUUGUGUGCAAUAGAGAAACUGAAUUCGAUUCAACCGCGGUUGUGUGAUUACACCGGCUUGUACUACUGUCCAUCCUGUCACUGGAAUGAUAGCAGCAUAAUUCCCGCGCGGGUCACCAACAACUGGGACUUUGUGCCACGCAAAGUUUGCCGAGCGUCGCUGCAACAGAUCAAUCUACUGCUACACAAACCCGUCAUCCGGUUGGAGGAGAAAAAUCCGCGUCUAUUUACCUUUAUCCCACAGCUGGCCGAAGUGAAGCGGGUUCGGGUGCAACUCGGUGAAAUGAAGCGAUACCUCAUCGCGUGCCGUUUGGCCGAUGAGGCGAAGCUCGUUACGAAGCAAAUCGGCGAACGGCGUCACCUGAUGGAAUCGGUCGAGCUGUACAGUGUGGCGGAUCUAGUUGGCGUAGAGGAUGGAACGUUGGUAGGUCAGCUCCGUACGUUGCGUGCCACAUUCGAACAUCAUAUCAGAACUUGUUUGAUCUGCUUCGGUAAAGCAUACAUCUGCGAGUUUUGCAACAAUGAUCAGGUUUUGUUCCCGUUCGACGAUAACGCCAUCAGCUGUACACGUUGCAGUACCGUCAGCCAUCGGGAAUGUUACCAGCGCAAGAAGAUGAAAUGUGCAAAGUGCACACGGUUACGGCGACGUGCUUUGCAAACUCUGCGCGAACAGCUGGACCUAGAAAAUGGGAACUAAAUUAUGCUCAUAUCAUUCCACUUUUAAAGCUACUUCGAUGUGCUUUGGUUGUGCAUUUAGACUAUUACCUCACAAGUGGCUUCAUUCGCACGGCUUUUUUACUGUCGGCUCUACAAAUACUGCAAAUAAACGCACAUGCAUUCGAA